GUGUUUUUACUGGCUCUACUACAGGUUUUAGACUUCCUCUACCGUUAGAAGUUUCACAAAUUGAAGAUGCCAUAGAAGUCUUUAAGCCUUCCGAACAACCUGCUUCACUCUCAUACUUUACUGCGAAGCCUCAUUACAACGAUCUUCUUAUACAUCUUGACGAACUUUUUGAAAAAUAUCGAAAUUCACCAAAAUUAAAACGAGAUAAAAAUUCACCAACCCUAUGGAUGCUUAAGGAUCAUCUAGGUUCAGAACUAGGUUUAAAAUUAAAGUCUAACCAAUAUCGUAACAUAACGCGAAAAUUAAAUCGUUUAGAUCUUGUUGUACCUGAAAGUGCACCCAAAUUACAUAGUUUUUUAGAAUUAUUUAAACGGGUUGAUUUGGAAAGAAAAAAGAAAGA